AUGUUCAAUAUCACGAACCACGAUGUCGAUUGUGGAGGAGCUAAGACUACCAUCACCGAUAAUGGAAGGCUGAAUAUUAAGGUUGAGAAGCCCGAGAUGAUGACUACUUCACCUCGUUGGCGGCGCCCAGCUUACAAGACACGCGAUACGAAAACAAAAAUUCAAGAAUGCCACGCGCCCCCUUCACUCAACAUAGUGAUCCAAGUUGUUGGUUCUCGUGGAGACAUACAGCCUUUUGUUGCCCUUGGACUCGCUCUUGCCCGAGCCGGACACCGCAUUCGAAUCGCGACUCAUGGAACAUUCAAAGAAUUUAUCGAGACCCACGGCUUGGAAUUCUUCAAUAUUGGCGGCGAUCCAAAAAGGCUAAUGGCGUAUAUGGUAAAAAACCCCGGCUUAAUGCCCAGCAUGAACAGUCUUCGAAGUGGAGAUAUUCAAAAAAACCGAGCAGAUAUACGAGAAAUCCUUGAUGGUUGCUGGCGAGCUUGCUUCCAGAGCACAGACGAGGACUCGAAGCCUUUCUUUGCCAAUGCGAUUAUAGCCAAUCCGCCAUCAUUUGCGCAUAUACACUGUGCAGAGAAGCUAGGCGUACCUUUGCAUAUCAUGUUCACGAUGCCUUGGUCGCCCACCCAUUCUUUCCCUCAUCCAUUGGCAAACUUACAUGCUUCUUCUUCAAAAGGAAGCGUGAUGAAUUACCUAUCAUACAUAUUCGUUGAAAUACUAACGUGGGAGGGCUUGGGAGACGUAAUCAACUCGUUCAGAUGCAAAACACUGGGACUCAAGCCUCUGGAUAGAUCUUCUGGACCAACAAUCUUAUCUCAACUCCGUAUACCGUACACCUACUGCUGGUCGCCAACUCUGAUAAGAAGACCUGAAGAUUGGGCUUCGCACAUAUGCAUUUCGGGAUUUUACUUUUUGCCCACGUUAUCUCCAUACACUCCUCCUCCUGAGUUAGAGAGAUUUCUCGAUGGGCCGCCACCGAUUUACAUCGGAUUUGGCUCCAUAAUUGUGGAUGACCCCAAGAAACUUACUUUAAUAUUGUUGGAAGCAGUAAAACUGGCCGGGGUACGGGCUAUUAUUUCACAAGGAUGGGGCGAAUUGGGCAGUGAAGACUUGGUGGUUCCUUCCAACGUUCAUUUUAUAGGAAGCUGUCCACAUGACUGGAUUUUCGAAAAGGUUUCUUGCGUGGUACACCACGGUGGCGCCGGUACAACGGCUGCAGCUUUGGCUUGUGGAAAGCCUUCAAUUAUCGUCCCCUUCUUUGGCGAUCAGCCAUUCUGGGGGGAAAUGAUCGAGAGAAUAGGGGCAGGCCCUAAGCCUAUUCCGUUCAAAACGCUCAAUGCGGCCGAUCUUGCUGCGGCUAUCGGCACCGCCCUUGAGCCAAAUAUCAAGCAGAGAGCAAAAGAACUCGGGGAGCAAAUUCGUAGUGAGAGCGGCGUCGAUGCUGGAGUCACUUCGUUCCACCAUCAACUUGAGCCUUCAAACCUGAGUUGUGGAAUCGUAAACUCGCUCCCAGCGGCUUGGAAGAUUCGAGGAACAGACAUUCAGAUCGGCUCUGCUGCUGUGCCGAUUCUAGUUAACAGAGGUUUGCUCAGUACCGACAAAAUCGAGCUACUUCGACCGCUGAAAUAUGAUUUGAACAUCGGGCCUCGAGAUCCAUUUUCGGGAAUGGCUUUUGCUUUCAUUGAUUCAGCAUCAGAGAUCGGCGGAGGCCUCAGUCACUUUGGUGCGUCAACUCAAGAGCUCUUGCGAUCAAUCUUUCAAAAGAGGUCUGUACACUCGGGCAAGCGAUCUGCCUUCGCCUCUAGCAUGAAGGGAAUCGGAGAAGCCUCCGUCAAUGUCGUUCGAGCUCCCAUUGAUAUUGCCUUCGCAUUUACUCAAGGUUUGCACAAUGCGCCGAAACUCUGGGGUGACCACCAUGUAGAGUUGCCCGAGACUGUUGAGGGCAUACCAACCGGGCUCACAGCAGGAAGCAAGGAACUUGUCUUUGGUGUCUACAAUGGAUUUUCCAGCCUAAUACUGUUCCCUGGAGAAUCUGCCGAUAACCGGAGCAAAUUUAACAUUCUCCCGGGGAUAGGAUUUGGAAUAGCCUCUUGCAUCACGAAAAGUUUAUCCGGCUUGACUGCAAUCAUCACAUAUCCUCUGAAGGGGGUGGAUGUGGAACUGACUAGAGCUCUGUCUACGCGAAAGCUUACCGCUCUUGAGAUAGAGCUUCUCAACCAAGGCUCGAGAGCUACGGCGCACAUAAGCGAAGAAUAUGUUAACCUGAUCCUAGAGCGAUGGGAGGUCAUAACGCAUGGUGUCAGGAAAGGGAAGUUGAGGAAGAGAAGACAUCAUUGGCCUCAAAUUGGGCGAGGAAAUAAGCCAGUGAAAUCAAAUUAA